AUGGUGCGAAGAACAUCAGCGGUCUGGAGGCCCACUUCUUCAAGGCAAAACACGAGGGUGACCCUGCAGAGGCUAUGCCGGCUAUGCAGAACGGCCUGCCACAAGUCCGGCGCCAAGCCCCACAGGCAGAGCCAGGAGUCGGCUACGAGUGCAGGUUGGUCUCCAUCUUGCUCCGAGGCGCUCGCGGCUGCCAAAAAGGCGAAAGAGCUCUACAAAAAGGCUCGCUUGAGGCGAGGUGAGGCGAAAGCCUUGCCCCACCAAGCUUCUGUGCUGGGCAUGGACACUGCCGUCUCACGAGCAAACCUCAUUCUCACGAUCUCUGCAAUUUCCGCAAAUGUGCUGAGGAGAUGCCGCAGGUGGCCUCGCAAGCCUAUGUUCGAGGAAGAGGAUCUCCUCGGCCGGUUUGCUGAAGAGGAGUUGCAGGAAGAGAAGCUGCGACAGAACUUGGCCCAGGGCCUGGGGCCUUUCCACGAGUUCGGAAGGCUUUUGCCCGUGCCGCGCCCGAGGCUUCGGCUUCCGCGGCUCUGCCGACUCGGGAGGAAACCCACGACCUUUGGAGGCGUUGGAUCAGAUCUGUGA